ACAACUGAUUUAGUUACUCAAUUUUGGACAAAGUGAUCGGAAGUUUACAAAUUGUUGCCAUAGAUUAUACCUUGUUGCUCUGUGGAACUUGGUAGUGACAGUAGCAUGUACAUGCAUAUUACUUACCCUGGAAUGUAAACAAAAUACGAUUCCUAUCUUUAAUAUAUUUUUUCUGUUAUGUAGAAAUAGUUCUAUUAAGAUUAGAAAGUAGUUUUAUGAUUAGAUCCGCUGUUUCCGAAUAAAAGAAGCAAAAUGGGGGAGAAUUAUUUCUGUUUAAAAAAAAAGCUAGAGGAGCUUGGAUACAACAACACCUUACCUGUUGAAGCUGUAGGCUUAGUAGAAUGUAUUUUAGCUGACUUGUUGCAAACAACUCGAAGUUUACAGCGUUACAUGGAUCUAUCCAAAGAAGCUUUGCUGCAAAGAGAUAACUUAAUGAUUGAGUUAGAGCCUUACAAGUGUGAUAACGCUAAAUUAAUUCAAGAAAACAAUCAACUGCAUCGCGAAAUUAUUCAACUAAAAGAAGAACAUUUAAAACUAGUUAAAGAUAGUCAAAGAAAAAUUAAAUCACUGUCAGAAGAAUUAAUGAAAAAGGAGAAUUUAAUAAGCAAAUUGCAACAUGAUGUUAGGGAUCUAAGCCUUAGAGGAUUAUGUGCUGAAACAUUAAGCAGCCGUUAUCGGAGUAAGAGAAAGGAUGCUGGAGAUAACACAGGUUUUUCAAAAAUCUGUGUUUGUAAUGAUAAAAAUGAUAAUACAGGGAAAGACAUUGCAGAAUUAUCAAGAACAAUUCAGUCUUUACAAGAGAAACUUGAAACCUAUAGUGACGAAGUUAUCUUACUAAAAAAUCAAGUUGAACAUAGAGAUAAUGAAAUUAUAAGACUUACUAUAUUAUUAGAGGGUGGAAGGCCAAUAUCUGCAAUUUCAAAAGAUAUUUAUACUGACAAGCCUGAGAACAAAGGCCAAAAUUUACAGAAGCAAGUUAAAGAUUUAGAAAAGUCAAAUGAACAACUUAGGAUUGAGCUAGAAAAAAGUUUAGAAAAACAACAUGAAGCUAUGCUUCGAGCCCUUGAUCUUGCUGACAAGAAUAAAGGCCUGAAAGAUGAAUUGAAAAAAAUGGACAUAUUAGCUUUAAAAGUUGAAGAUGACUGCAAUAAAAGACUUGCUGAAACAAUGAAUGAAAUUAAUGUAUUACAAAAUAAGAUUGAAAAUUUGGUUUUAAGGAAUUCAAAAUUAGAAAGAGAUUUAUCAGAAAUCAAUUUACAAGAACAGUCUCCAAAAAACAAUAUAAAUAAAACUUCAUCACAAAUGCAAGAUAAUGAAAAGUCUGCUUUCUUAAAAGAAAUUCAAGACCUAGUGGAAUUGAAUAGAAGUCUUCAAGAUAAAAUUUUCGCCUUAUCUCAAACAAACAAGAUUCAACAGAAUCAAUUUAUCAAUAAUUGUGAGUAUGAUACAUCUAGUUCAAGAUGCCUUGCAAAGACUGAUUUCCAGAAACUGCUUGAGGAUGAGAGAAAAAAAUAUGAAAGAUAUAUACAUGAUGUUCAAGAAAAAUUAAAUGAGACAAUGAAUUUAUUCAAUAAACAAUUUAAAACCAAUGAGAAAAUCUCUAAUGCAAUUUCGCCAUCAGAAAAUUUUUUCAUAAAAGACUUGCAUUUAAAAUUAUGUGAAAGUGAACAAAAAUUAUUAAUGCUAAAAAAAGAAAAUGACGAUCUAAGAAAAAAUGUAACCUAUAAAGAAGAUAGCAGCAAAAAUAAUUAUAAAGAUAUAGUAAGACAUUUAAAUAUUGAAAAUGCAGAAUUGUCUAAAGAAAAUAUAUCACUGAGCCAGCAACUUAGUCAAUAUAAGGCAAGUAGAACAGAAAAUUAUGAUAAAAGUAGCUACCUUCAGGAUGAAAAUUGUAAAUUAAAAAAAAAGAUUGACAUACUCACAAAGGAAAUAGAUGCAUUAAGAAGGGACAAUCAAGAGCAUAAUAUUCGAUAUAGAGAUGCUUUAAAUUCAUGUGAUAAACUGAAAAGUGAUUUAGCUUUUAAACAGAGUCAAAUUGAACAAUUAGAAGAAGAAAAUUGUUCUUAUAAAGUGACCAGCAGAACUGGAAGAGCAUCUGCUGAUAGAUUGCGUGAGGAGUGCAACAUGUUAAAAGAUCAAUUAAAAAAACUAAAAAGUGAAUUAAUAAAAGAAAAAACAUUAGCCAAUCAAAUAAGGAAUAUUCAACAAGAAACUGAAAGAAGUACUACAGAAUCGCAGAAUGAAUUAUUAUUAACACAAAAGAAAUUAAGUUUGGCAAAAGAUACCAUUGAAGACUUAGAAAAAAAAUGUAAAGACUUACAAACAGAAAUGUCAGUAUUGAAUAAUGAUAAAUCUAAUUUAAUAGAAAAUAUUAAAAUGAUUGACAGGGAAAGGGACAGAUUAGUUUUGGAAUUAGAUCAAAAAGCAGAAAAUACAAGUAUGCUUGAACAAAAACUAAAAUCUCAGUUAUUUGAUAUUAACAAGCUAGAAAAUGAGAUAUCAGAUCUAAAGAGAAAAUUAAAUGUUCACAAAGUAUCAGAACACAAAAUUUCUGAUUAUGAAUCUCAAAUGGCAUUUUUAAAUGGGGAAAUAUUAAGAUUAACUCAGCAAUAUGAUACAGCUGUAAUAGAAAAUAAACAUCUUCAGAAUAGUUUAGCAGAUGCUAAUGGAGAAUUAAAAUUGAACAAAAUCGAAUUAGAAAAAUCUCGAAGAGAGGUGGACAGUCUCAAACAACAGUUACAACAUUAUGUUGCUGAAAUUAGAAGAAUAGAAGAACUUCUGUCUCAAAAAGAAGCUGAUAGAUCAGAUAUGUUGGAACAAUUUGCAAGUUUGUCUGUUGAGGCAAACAUUUUAGAGAAUACAAAUCAUUCCCUUGAAAGUGAGUCAGCUUCAAAGUCAUUACAACUUCAAUCUUACAUUUCAAAGAUACAAAGCUUAGAAGAAAAGGUUUUAGACAAAGAUAGAAUAAUUGAGACCCAGUCUGCUCGAAUUGCUUCAAUGACCUGUAAGAUAAAUGCAUUGGAGAAUGAAGUAAGAUUGAUAUCAGAGGAAAAAGUAGUUUUAGAACAAAAUGUACAGUAUCUUAAGAAAAUGUGCAAAAACUUACAAAGUGAACAAAAACAGGGCACACUUAGUAAUGUAGACUCAGAAUUAAAACUAUAUGAGAAUAGGAUAAAAUCUCUUUCAAAUUCCAAAUUAAAACUGGAGGAAGAAAAAAAAGACUUAAUUGAUAAGAUCUCAACAACUGAAAACCUUUUAUCAAAUGCAAGGAGAGAAAUCAUAGAAUUAAAAUUAGCAUUACAGGAUGCUACAUCUGAAACCAAAUCACUACAGGAACGAAUGAGUACAUAUAGUAGAAGAGAGUCAGACAUGGUUGAGAAUCGUUUUACAAGAGAGGAACUAGAAUUACCUCUUUUACUUGAUGAAACAAUUCAUGAAGAAAGUAAUGAAGAUGAUGACAGUGGACGGUCACAUGAAGUCCACACAAGAUCACAUUAUACCCAUGGAAGUACUUUAUAAUUAUCAAUUUAAGGACAGUAUGAAAGAUGAAAAUAAUGUGUAAAUUAUUUAUAAUUAUGAUUGUUAUUUAAUUUUUAAUAAAGUU